AGGACAUGCAUAAUUUUAGUUCAGUUUAGUGACUGACUCAUAAGCUAUACAAAUCUUAAUGUAUAAACGUUUUAGAUAUUGCCAUUCUUCACUUGGUAAUUUAAACCAUUACAAGUAUGCGUUGCGCGCGUGUUUCAUAUAUCAAAAACAUGCGUUGGUCAAAGCAUAUGACUACUAUUUAAUAGCAACAUAAGAAAUAUUUGAUGUGUGAUUCUUUACACUAAGUGCAUUCUUCUUCAACAAAUUGUUCUUGGUAUAGAAGACAGAACCAAAAUGAUAUCGAGAAAAAAUAUAACAUCUGAGAAAAUUGCAGAGGUGGAGGAUUUGUUCACUGCGUUCGAAAUAUGUGAUGAGUUUAAUAUACCAUACGACGGACUUGAUAAUCUGGAUCAAUUUAUUGAGAGGAUAUAUCUUCAUUAUACAGCUCAGAACAAGGAGCUACCUAUGAAAAGGAUAUGCGAGUCAAUGCUCAGGGAUGGAGAAGAGGACAACAAAAAGAGGAGACAACUCGUGGAUAUGUUUCAGACGCUAGUCAGCAUUGCAGAGCCUUCGGACGAAGACAGCGAGAGACACAAAUUUGUAACCGACUUCCUUAGCAAUGAUGGAACAACCAAAAACAUUAUUGAUGACUGCAAUAAACGAAUUCUUGAACUUGGAAAGCACGAGGCAGUUCUUCUGGUGGCAGGCGAAACUAGCAGCGGAAAGUCCAGUUUUCUUAAUCUUUUGUUGGGAAUGGAAAUUCUUCCUACCAAUACACUGCCCUGUACAACCAUAAUCACAACGAUUAGAUAUGGACCUACGCCUUUGUUCAGAAUUGUAUACACCGAUGCGGACAAAGAAGACUACGAAACAGAAGACUUGGAAGAAUUUAAAAUAAUCGCAUUUCCAAAAGAGAACAGAGAAAAAGACCACGGAGUACAAGAAGCUAAAGUUUACAUGCCAAUUGACUUCCUUAAAGGCGGACUUGUCCUGACAGACUCCCCGGGCAUUGGUGAAAACGAAUUUUUGGAGGAGUACUUGAUCGAUUUCAUUUCAAAGAAUGAGAUUCUUGGGUUUAUCUAUAUCAUCUUUUCCGAUAAUUCUGGCGGUGUCAAAGAAGACAGGUUAAUGCAAUUGCUGAAACUGAUUAUUGAGGCAAAAAAGAAAAGAGAAAACUCAAUACCGUUUGACCCAAAAGCAGCUCUCUUCGUAGCAAACCGAUUUGACGCGUUACCCGAAGAAUCAAGGACAAGUGUAAAAGAACAUAUCCUUGAAAAGUUGAAAGGUUGUUACCCACAAUUUGAAGACUCAAGUACAAUUUUCUUUUCAACAAAAAACGCACAACGCGAUGUAACAGCGCAUCCCGAUUACAUCAAUGACAACUACAAAGAACUUCUCCAGGGUUUUAGCAGGCUCUACUCGUAUGUGUUGGAAAGGCGCCUCCGAGCAUAUUACAAGUGGAUUGAAUUUGUGCUCCAUCGUAUCAGCCACUGUCUAAAGACCGCAACAACGCGUCUUGCAUUGAACCAACAGGAGAAUGAAGAGCGUUCACGGAAACAUCGCAAACGAUUGAAGAAACUACAAACGGAUACAGACACCGUGAUAAAAGAGUUGAGAGCUGAAGUCGUUGUUCAAAGCCGCACCCUUUUUGACGAAGUUAAAGAGAACCUUGCUACGCCGAUGUCUCGAUUUCGUAUUUGCUCUGCUUGGAAAGACGGAGAAAUUCCAAACAUCACAUCUGACAUCCACAAUGCUGCUCAUUGGAUGUGGGUGAAACAAAGAGUCGACGAUGCAUUUUAUGAUAGGGUAAUAUCUGAAAUGGAAGCAUGGGCCAAUGAAAAGCAAAAGAUAUCGAUUGUUGAAGAAGCGAUAGUUGCAAAAAUACAAGAAAAACUGGGUAUUUUGCAAGACGAAAUCAUAUCAUCAGAACAUGCUCUAAAAUCUUCAAGACAAUCAGUCGCCUCCGCUGACAGUGUAAGACGGUCCUCUUCUGCCUUCAACAGCAGGCGUAUGACCUUAAGACCGAACUUAGUUGAACUACCAAUUAAGAUGCCAACAAAACUUAACAAGCGCCUAAAUCCAUUUGCAGGUUUUGGAAGACGCAAAGACACUGCAAAGUUUGAAAAGAAUCCAGUAGAGUGGACACAACAUCGAGCAGAAAAGCUCUUGACCAAGUUGAUUAAGAACAAAAAGGAGCAUGGGGCUUCGAAAGGUACUCUUGACUUGUUGAUGGAAACCAUUUUGCAGAGGCCAAUCGCUAUCAUCGACGUACUCGAAAUGAAAAUCCCAUCAAUCAUUGAGGCCAAUAUGGACCUAAUGGACACCCUUGAGGAAAUGAGUUUAAGCCAAAGCCGAAAUGCUUUCAAAUACGAAAAGAUGUUUGAAGACAUUGAAACGCUGAAAAAAACUCUGAUGACUUACGGAGAAGGAUACGUGUUUGUCCAUGACUUUAAAUUAAAUGAAGUUCGGAUAAUUACAGAGCAACAACCCAGCGGAAGUAGCAUUUCGCAAACGUUUAGAGUGAGCAAUAUAUUUGCAAGUAGAGCCGGAUCAUUCGGCACAUCAGCAAGUAUUAUUCCACAAGGCCUAUGGUCAUGUUUGCAUCCGGCCAUGUUACAAAGAAGCGGAGAGGAAUCGCCUAUAUCCAUUCGAAUCUACACAGCUUCUUCUGGUUUGACAAAUACAUGUCAAGAGGUAGCAAAACUGAGAUGCCUUCUGCACAAAGACGUCCACAUUGCUGAAUUUCUUGGUAUUCACCACACGGAUGCAGAGACGCCGGCGUACAUUUACGACGGUCGACUGAUUCCUCUUGCAAGGUACAUGAUGAAAACAUCCUGCCCAUACACGCGUAUGCCAAGGAUAUUUGAAAGCAUUGCAAGGGGCCUCAAUCAUAUACAUCUGAAAGGACUGGUUCAUAUGGAGGUGUCGUGUGAAACUGUCACGGUGGAUGAGAGCGGCGAGGUUAAACUCACAGGUGCAUGUGUACCAAGGAAAGCAACUUUACCACUGGACACCGACAUGGCUGUUGGCAACUUUGUAUACCUGCCAUAUGAAGUUCUGAAUGGGGAAAUUUACGUUACAUCAGCUGAUGUUUAUGGAUUUGGUCUUCUGAUGUACGAAGUUCUCUUCGAAAGCAAGGCGUUCGGAAAAGAAAGGUCGUUUGCUUUCAACGAUUUUUUGCGGAGUCUCGACCCUGAGAAGAUGCUUGGGUUGAACACAGAAGGCGCUAAAAAUCUGACCGAACAGACACUGAAUCUGUUGCGGAUCUGUUUGAAAAAGUCCGACUAUGAAAGGUCCACAAUAACAGCAGUGUUGAACGAAUUAUCUGAGAUAGAAGAUAAGUUGAGAGUUACUGGUAGUUCUAGAGCAAUCUCGAGAAGGUUCACGGAUGAUCCGACUGUUUGACUUCGCUGAUACAUAUGAACAAGGAUCAGUCGCAAAAUAAGACAAUUAAACGAGUAACUACUUGAUAACUAGAAUGUAUUGUGUUGUCCAUUCUCUAAUAAAAGCCAUACUGAAGUUAAUUUAAAGAUAAUAAUGUUCAACAGUAUUAUCGCAUACCUUAAAAGAUGAGUGUACGAUUUUGUAUUGGUCUAGUUAUUUUGUAUUUACGUGUUCACUAAAAUGGUUCAGUGUCGAAUGCUGUUUGCUGACUGUUCAAGCAUAGAUUAAAAUGUCUGGCAAAAAGGCAUUCUUGAAACCGGUUUAUAUAGAGCAAUGAGAAAAUGUCUGGUCAGUACCGGGCUUCUUAAAGGAUAAAGAUAGAAUAGAACCGUGAAGUUUCGGUAAUUGCUUUUUAAUUGGGAAAAUAAUCUCUCUUUUUUUCACAUAAACAUUCCAUACAGUAUUUCUUAAAAAAUAAAACCUAGAGGUAUACUGAUUUAUUUAUUAAUUUGCUGUUUCAUUUCGUUGCUUUGUAGCAUAAAUAAUUAGAAUUAAGAAGAAGUCAAACAUACAUAGAGAACUAAGAAAAAUAACUUGUAUAUAAUGCUGAAACUCUUAAAAACGUCACAUGAUUUAUUAAUCUGUUUUUGUUAACUGUCUACAAUUUAGUAUUCAGUGUGUUUUUAGUUUCUAUUGUCAAGUUAGCAAAUCAUUUUUAUAUUAAAUUAAUUUACCAUUGAUACAUCGAUUUGCACGCAUCACCGGGAGCUGGCAUUUUUUUUUAUUUGCACUAAGGUUAUGGAGUUGAAAUUGAACCAAUGCUAGGCAAGUUUUAUUUUCUAUUUAAUAUAGAUAUAUAGAUUUAUCCUUUUUUUAAUUUAGCACUCAUCAAAAACGGAUAUAAAUGAAAACACUAUUUAAUAAAUAGUUUGCAUGCCCUAUCUCGCCUUAAUCUGUAUGCUGUGCAUAUCAUGGAAGGUAAACCAAAUGUCUUUAACCAUUAAAGUUAAUUGGAUGAGCUUUGGUUUAAGAUAAGGUGAAUAAGACGGGACACAUCAUUACGUAUAUUUUGUUGUUGCAUGAUAGCAAUGUGUAUGUCUGUUUCAUUCGAAAACUGCAAGUGUUUUGUUUAUUGAAUUCUUUUGUGAUUCUUAAAUCAUUUUGACUGUUUCAUUUUGAGCAAAUAAAGAUUUGAAUAGAAUAA